UGACAUAAUACAGUGAGACUCUCAGGUCUGAAGUCAGAGUUGCUCCUCCUGGAUCCAAAUUCAGGAAGUUGUCUCUGGGAAUGUGUUGUCUUCCUGACAGAGGAGUCAACUCCUCCCAGCUGACAAAGUCUGCUAGGUUAAUUGUUAGCUAAUAGUAGCCAAUAAAUAGCUAUUGUUAUUCAGAAAAGGGAACGAUGGAGGUCGACUCAGUCUUCUACACUGAUCAUAGCGGAAGAGUCCACAAUAACCCACUGUUGGACCAGCUCCCCAGCUACCAGUCCCUGCUGUACCGCAGGAAGUCGUCCACUAGUGGCACCAAACGAAGGAGCAGCUCCAGAGGGCGAUCUGGUUCAUCUGGCAGUGGGAAAUGGGGCGUGAGCACCGUCAGCCGACGUGAAGAGAAACAGAAAAGUCAGACGGUGCAGAGACCCGUCAGGGAACUAGCCACGACCAUGGCGGAGAAACGCAGACACAUAACACAGCGCUUGGAGGAGGCCCGAGAGCUCAGUAGUUUGAGACAGUUGAGGCAAAGCACCCGCAGGCAUCUACGGAGGCUGAGGGACGAUGUCUACGAAUGGCUGAGCUGGCUGAAGCUCUGGAGGGGAGACAUUCACCUGAUAGAGGGGAUGUUCGGCACAGGGAUCCUGUCUUACUUCUCCUUCCUGCGCUUCCUCGUCAUGCUCAACUUGAUCAUCUUUGUGCUCAUGUUCAGCUUCGUCAUGUUACCCCUCAUCAUAGCCCCCCAUGUUUCAGGGAAUAUCACCUACACCCAGAAAGUUGGAAGUGUGUGCAGUGAGUAUUCAGGCACUGCCCGUCGAGGUCUGGUCAACUUUCAUGAGCACAUUACAGAUCUGCUGUCUGGUGGAGGCUUUCUGGAACGGACCUAUCUUUUCUACGGCUAUUACAAGGUGGACAAAAUACACUUUCCCAAGACCACUUACAAUUUGCCAUUGGCCUACCUGUUGGUCACCAUAGCCUACCUUUUCCUCAGUCUCAUCUGGAUUGUUAAAAGGUCUGCCACGGGAUUCAAACGUAACCUGAUUCAGGAUGAGGAUCGCUUUCAGAGCUUUUGCAACAAGAUUUUUGCUGGCUGGGACUUCUGCAUCACCAACGAGAACGCCGUGAGGCUGAAGAGAAGCAGUUUGCUGUAUGAGCUCAGGACGGAUUUGGAGGAGGAGAGGAUCAAACAGAAAAUAGCAGAUCGCACCCGCAAGGAGAGGUGUCGGAUUUACCUCAUCCGCCUCAUUCUCAACCUUUUUGUCAUCGGCGUACUGGCUGCAUGCUUCUACAGCAUUUAUGCAGCCACCAUCUUCUCCCAGAAAGUACAGAUGGAUAACAUAAAGGAGAAUUUCAUCGUGGAUCUCAUCUAUGAGUAUCUACCCUCAAUAGUUAUCACCUUGGCCAACUUCAUCACCCCCCUCCUCUUCUCCGUUAUCAUCAAUUAUGAGGACUACUCGCCUGCCUUCGAGAUCCGAUUCACUCUCAUGAGGUGUGUCUUCAUGCGGUUGACCAGUAUUGGGGUUUUGCUCUUCUCUCUCUGGUCUCAAAUCACCAAAUGUGAUGACGGGCCCUGCGUCUGUGGCUAUAACAAUAAGCUUUACUCUUGUUGGGAAACCCGUGUAGGCCAGGAGAUGUAUAAACUCACCAUCUUUGACUUCAUCAUCAUUGUCGCAGUCACCAUCUUUGUGGAGUUUCCCAGAAAGUUGAUAGUGAAUUACUGUGACUGUGGCCUGGCUAAGUGGUGGGGCCAGCAGGAGUUUGCUAUUCCUCAAAAUGUGUUAGAGAUCGUCUACGGUCAGACCAUCUGCUGGAUCGGCACGUUCUACAGCCCGAUGCUGCCUGCCAUCUGCACUAUGAAAUACUUCUUUAUCUUCUAUAUCAAAAAGGUCUCAUUGAUUAACAACUGCCGUCCAGCCACACGUCCGUUUAGAGCUUCCAGCUCCAACUUCUUCUUCCUGGCUGUGCUGCUGAUAGGCCUGGCUCUGGCCUGUGUGCCUGUCACUUUUAGUAUGGCACAAAUAAACUCUUCCCACGCCUGUGGACCAUUUAUUAAUUACAACACCUCCUGGGAGGUGCUGCCAACUACAGUAUCCGAGCUACCAGGUGGAAUCCAAAAACUCCUCUUGGCUCUCUCAUCAGAGGCCUUCGCUGUCUCCUUCUUUGUAGUUACAUGUUUGGCCAUGUUUUAUGUGAUUGCACUGGCUGGAGCUCACAAGAGAGUUAUUAACCAACUAAGGGAGCAGCUAGCUAUGGAGGGCCGUGACAAACGUUUCCUGAUCCAAAAGCUGUGCCAGGCCCAGAGGCUCUCAGCUAUCAAAUCCCCAGUGUCCAAAUCUCGGCCCCGCAGAAGCAGCCCCAGCUACCACACCAGCUUCUCCAACAAUUUUAACGAAGCUGUGUUCCUGGCACACUCACCUCCAGCAUCCUCCACACAUGUCUGAGGCAAGGGCCUGAUAUUACCGACUAAAAGCCAGAGACUGAACAGAUGGAGUGGAGUUGAAAACUGAAUUAAUAUUUUAAAGAGCCCCUAUUAUGCUUUUUUGGGGGGAUUUUUUCCCAUUUUUUUAGUGUUUUUUAUAUAUAUUUUUUGUGUGUGUGUGUAAUAGAUGUAUAAAGUACAAAAAACACAUUUCACUCCAAAUGGACCUUUCUCUUCCACAGACAUUCCAGUUUGAAAUUCCUCAAUUAUGGU